UUUUAAUUCCCCCAAACAUCAUUAGAAAACCGAAAGCGGAAGCUCGUACAUGAAAAUACGAAACGAAAAUGGCGUCCAAGUCUAUUCUAACUUGCUUUCUUCGACCUUCAUGUACAACUUUACUUGGCAGCAAUGGAACAGUGGCAUCUCUUCUUCCCACAAGCUAUGUUUCUGUUCAACAAGUAAGGCAUAGACGCUACCCAAAAUUUGUUGUACGCCAAAACAAGCGCAAAACAUGGCAUGUUCGUAAAUGGACGCAAAAGUACGAUGACAACCUUCUCACAAGCAAUGAACAAUUUAUCAAAGAUGUGAUUGUUGAAAACUACGCCAAAAAUUCUGAUAGUCCACUCAAAGAUGCUCCUUGGGACAGGAACCCAUAUGUCUACGGAACAAGAAGAACUGGAGUCUUGGCGUUGAAGUUGGGUACUAUGCUACAAUGGACCACGGAGGGCAAGCCAUUCAUGGUUACACUGCUGCAAGUUUUAGAUAACCAUGUGAUUAACUAUGUGCCCCCUGAGGUCUACGCCACCUACCCAAGUCACUUGCCCCACCACAGACAGAAGUUUGGUUUACAAAUUGUUGGUGCAUUGAGUUCAGACCCUAGAAUGUUUUCUAAACCUUACAACAAUCUCUUCAUCAAAGCUGGUGUCCCACCCAAACGUUGGUUGACCAGAUUUUUAAUUACACCAAACGCUGCCUGCCAACCUGGCACACCACUGAGUGUAAAUCACUUCAAAGUUGGCGAAUAUGUGGAUAUUCAAGGAAGAACACGUGAUUGGGGAUUUCAGGGCGUGUGCAAAAGGUGGGGCAUGAAGGGAAUGCCUGCAUCUCAUGGUGUUACAAAGUCUCACAGAAAGAUGGGCUCUACAGGCGGCGGCGGUGAUAAAGAUGGUAUUUGGAAAGGCAAGCACAUGCCUGGAAUUAUGGGAGAUAUCUUGAGAACACAGUAUGGUCUGAAAAUCUGGAGAAUAAACACAAAGUAUAAUGUCUUGUAUGUCACUGGCGCUGCUGUCUGUGGCAGGCCGCACACCUUUGUCAGAGUGUAUGACACUGUGCUGCCCCGCAAGAAGAGGCCAGAGUCCAGUUACGAGUCAGUGCCCAUGCCUACCUGGUUUGAAGAAGAUGCAACCGAGCCACUACCAGAAGAAUAUUUUGAUUCUAAAUUGUUCCAGUUUACAAGUCCCUCUUUAGAAAUAGAGGAAGAAAAGAAAUAAUUUGGCUUUUUACUAGUUCCUUAAAAAAAAAAGAAAUUACAUAAAAAAAAUGAUUUGUUGUAAAA